UAUGGCCGGUCAUCUCUGAAUGUGUUUCGACUUCUUUAUGAGGUGGUGGGAGAAUUCAGACUGCCAGAAAGGUGAGCUUCAAAUUGUUCACUUUAAACGUCAAAGAAUAGGAGGUGAUGGGAAAAGAGGUGUGAUGACAAAGCAGGCAGCGGCGACUCCUCCAUCGGACGGGGGGGAUGAGGUUGAGAGGUCAUUGGAACUUUUGGACAGGGUACUGUCUGAGUUUGACGACCUUGAAAAUGGGAAUGUCACCCUCGAAGACGACGGAUACAUGAGUAUGAACGGGAGGAGGCAGCAGAAAGAAUUUCCACCACCCCCAGCAGAGGAGGCCCAAAGAAUCAUAUCCACUCUACUUCCCAGGGUAUCACCAAGCAACUCAAGUAAAAGGACCAAUGGAUCUAGACCACUACAGGCUAGUUUGACUUUAGGGCACGAACCAAGGCUUGAUCGUAAUCACAUUACAACAAUAGCUACUCAGACAACCAUUCCCAAAACCAAGCAUCUUCGACCCUAUGGUUGGCAAAAUGGUACCCUUGGAAAUGGAGGAGUAAAUGUAUGCAUAGGGGGUGGUUUACCCCCAAGGACGGUUGCCACUGCAGUUGAGCGCCACCGGGAAGUGAAAAGAAAAGACGAAACCCGCUUGGGUUCAGUCGCAGAGGCCAAUGAUGGAAAUUUUUCUGAUGAUUCACUGGAGGGUGUACCUCCUCCACCUCCUCCUCCGAUUAUACCUAAUAAAAGAGGCAGUAUCGCAUGGGAGGUUCCUCUCGAUGACGAUGAAGCCCUUUAUACUCCAGGGAGCACCAAAGUUAUAGGAAGAAGAAGGAGGCGUUCCACUGAUAGAUCAAGUUCUGGAUCAAUGGGUAGAUUAAGAGAUAUGGAGGAAUGGCCAGAUCCACCAACAGGUACUGAAGACGGAUCAAUAUCACCUUUGUCAGACUCAAGCCAUUUGGAUUCUUCAACCAGUAGCCGACAAGAAGAAAUCCUAGCCGAAUUAUCUGAUAAUAUGUCUUCUGGAGGCACAUAUGUAAUACGGAAGGGAAGGCGAAAGGAAAGAAAGCCCAUGCCUCUUCCUCCAGAAGCUAAUGCCAUUGAAAAUGGCGAUUUGAAGCGAGGAAGUUCAACAUUUGAUAAUAUAAAAUCUCUUUUAAGAGAAGGACUAAUUGAAGGCCUUGACGAAGCUCCACCAGAUUUUGCACCCCCGAACCCACCUUCGAUUGUAAGAGUUGUUUCAUUACCUUCAUUCGCCUCAGAGAAGCUUCCAAAAUCUAAAUCCUCAAGCCUAGAAGUGCCUAAUGAGGCCGAUGAAGAACAUCCACAAAGAUUUGACAUUGGGAUUCAAGUAAUAGGAGACCCUGAUUCCCAACCUCAAUCUCUUCAAACUGUUGCUGAUCAGACUGAUUCAGACAGUGAAAAGAAACGUGGCAGUGUCAUAAUGCUCAAUGGAGGAACUGAUACUUCUUCAAAUGAAGCAUUAAUGGCGGAAUUAAAAAAGGAAUAUGAUACAGAAAGUAUCAACAAUAAUGAACCGACAGAACUGGAAGUUAAAGUGGAAGUUGGAAAGGAACAAGUGUUGGAAGACCCUUGGCUCACAGCCGCAGAGAUAAGUCAGGUUCAAGUGAUACCAGUUGUGGAAGAAAAGUUGGUAAAAGACCCGGAAAAACCUCCUAAAGAGUUCAAAGUAAAAGUCGAAGUUGUACAACAUGAGUUUGGCCCUUUACCACCGUCCCCGGUAGAGGAAGAUGAAGACGAGUAUGCAGAUAUCCUCCGUCCAAGUCCUGCACAAACUCCAAGGGGCAAAACAGGAGAGAAAAGGGAACCAUUUUACAAAUGCUUAGAGCCCCCGGCCUCUGAUCCACUUGGAACUAAUUUCCUAAAUAAAUCUAACCCUGACCAUCAUCAUCGAGAUGGUACAUCAUCGUUGAAGACAAGGUCUAUGGAUGCAGGGUUUACUAGAAACCAUAGAACACAACAUUCAUCUUCAAGAAGAGAGAUUCCAGGGGAACGGCGGACUCUCCCUACAGAACUCCAAGGCCCUUCAAGAAGAAGGACUUUGCAGAAAAGGAACUGUGGGGUGAGGGAGGAAGGGUCAGGUGGACAUAUGCAAGUGUCAUGUUCAUUACCUGAGACCCCGAUUUUUGCCAGAGGUUGCGACAUACCUCGUACACCCCAUCGAAGGGCUCCAGACGUUCCAAUUACCUCCAGGACAACUCCAAGGCAAAUGCCGUCUUCCAGCUACAGGAGCACAGGUAUGAGUUUGAAUGAAGCGAUGACAGGAGCAGAGUUGCUCAGAUUGGCAGGUGGACCAGCAAGAGGCUGGUAUCCUCGCCAUCGUCAGCCAAGACCUGCAUCCGUCGAACACUUAGACAGACUCAACCACCACGGCCUCAGCCCUGGUACUCACCAACCACCAUCAGGCCCAUGGGACCCAGCAAGAAAACCGCAAACCCUACCUCCGAACCUAACCCCGAAAUUCUUCCACCGAUCGCCACGUGAAGCUCUGAGGAGAGUCACAAGUUUACUCAUCAGGAGAGGUAUGUACAUACAAGUAAAUAGAUCUUGUUGGGAAAUAGCAAAGACAAAAAGGACGCUCUUUCUCCUACAUCAGGAUUUGCUGGUGAAAGCGCAGAAGGGUCAAGGCAGAAGAAGGGCUUCUUCAGGAGUUUCUGGAAAAGGUCAAGGCACUACUCGCUCGAGCAGCAAUAGCCUGAGGUGACGGCGGCGGCGACUUCUUGGCUAUGCUUUCGUUCCUGCCGUCGAUAAAUAAAACAAAUCAGCGGACGACUUGGAGCAGUAACCCCGAAAUUCGGUCUAUGAUAAAAAUAAAAGACCAAAACUUUAACUUAACAGGUUUUAAGGGAAAAAAAGGAAGAAAAGUCAAAUUAAAAGCUAUAAAGAUAAUAAGUUGUACGGUAUAUAUAUAUAUAACACAAAAAAAGUGUAGUUUGUAUAUAAGUGUUCAGCUUUAGGGGUUUGUCUUUUUUAGAGUCGUGUUCAUGUGGAAGAUUCUAGUCUGGCGGAUUUCGAUUGUAGAGAUCUUUUUAGAUUUGUCAAAUCCAAUUCUAGCCGUAUUUGAGUUUAUGCAAUUACUUUAAAAAAAUAUUCUUAAAAUAUUCAAAUUCAUGAAUUUAAUUUAUCUGUUUUUACAAAAAAAAAUUAAAUGCAAUUUCCUCUACAGGCGAAGUCCGCAUCAAAAGAGUAUGGAAAAAUCUCCGCACAAAUUUUUAAAAAAAAUUAUAUAUAUAUAAAAAUUCUACAUAUAUGAAAAAGAAAAAUAAAGUAAAAGUAUAUAUUGGUAAUGUAAUAGUGGUUGUGUUUCUCCGGAACCUUAUAGACUGUUCCCCAAUUUAGUUCAGUCAAGAUAUUGAUUCAGUUGAGAAAAAGAUUGGCCUAAAGAUUAAUAUAUUUUGUCCCUUUGUAUAGACAAGCAUAGUUAUACAAGGCAAAAAAGAAAAAAAUGUAUAUCUCGUUUCAUAUACAUAUUAUAAAUAUAUAUAAAUGAAUGCUUUUUCGUGUCAUAUUAACUGUUAUGUAACAAAUUAAGGUGCCAUCCGCACAUCUGUCACUGCCCAGAGAGUAGAAUAGAGAGAGUGUGAUAAUGGCACAAUGCAUGUUGGCGUUUUUUCCCGUAAUAACAAAAUUAAUGAAGAAAAACAAUUGUACCUACCAAGGCUUCACAAGCUCCUUUGUACACUAAAUGUUUUAUAUAAUUACCCUUUAACUGUACUGUUUAAGGUGAAAAAAAAAAGAGAUCAUUUGUAUUAAUCAAUAUUGACUAAUAAAUAUUUAUUAUGU